AUGUCUUCAAAGAUCCCAUCCGCACUCGAAACAAUGCGCGCCUCACUCGAGGAACCCCAGCGUACGGAAAGCGCAUUGUCCUCAGCCAGCAAGAGCGUCGGCAACAUCUCGCACGCGUCGAAGGGAGUCUCAAAGUCGACGAAAAAGGUCUUCUACAAAUUCAAGAUCAAGAUAUCUCGGACCACUACCGACGGAGUCACCGAGUACACGGCCAGAGUGUUUCAAAAGCGCACGAAACGUGUCGGCAAACCCAAGCGCAAGAAUGAUGCACCAUGCCACCACCGCUGCCUCGACAAGUCCAAAUGCAAGCACAAGUGCUGUAAGGUCUUAGGCUCAGCCUGCGCUCAGUUCUUCGGCUGUGGAGACUUGAUCGUACACCUCCUCGACUUCCUUCCAGCGAGGGAACUGUUCGAUCUUCGCCAACUCAACUCCCGCCUCCACAACACAAUCGAGACUACGCCAGCAUAUCUGCAAGCUGCAUUUUACAAUGCAGGACCAGUCGAUCCAACCUUCAUUGCCUCCAUGAAGAAUCACAUGCUGCGGCCAAAAUCGGAUGAAGAACAGACCGACCAAGAUCGUCUGCUCAAUCUCACCAAGGGCCACAUCAUGUAUGGCGCACCAUCUCGUGCCGUGCAUUUCAACGCUUUUCUCUUCAACGACACCAGCAUUCAUGCCUGCGAGUAUCGAGGUGUCGACGCCAACAUCCGACUGCACAACUUCACACCUGAUGGCGCGCCAAUCUGGGCCGACCUUGAGUUGAAGUUCGACGCCAUGGCCGGCACCGUCAACGAGCAGUCCAGCUGCAUGGACAUGUUCCUGACACAGCCUCCGGUGAAGGAAGUCCUGGUCCGAGCACCUCUGAAGAUCGUCUACCACUACGGCCACAAGAGCAGCUGGCAACCUCACUCAGGUCCGAUGCUUCUCGCAACCACUGGCGAAGGACUCCGCUAUCGCGAUCUGUACCAGCACCUUAACCGAUUCAACAACAUGGAGGGCGUCGACUGGGUUGAGGCGAUGCCUGGUCUGGGAGGAGUGCCUUUGUGUCCGCCGAUCAAGGGUCCGGGUCUUAUGCAAAUUCCGAGGUGCGAAUUGAUCGACUCGCCUCGCGAGGUGGUUCCGUGGGUGGAGCCAGAGAUUAUCAUGCAGCAUUCUGCAACGCAGCGCGUUCGUCGCGAACGUGGAGACCGGAGGGAUGAUUACUGGGUGCGUCCAAAGAAAGCAAAAAAGUGA